UAUCCUUUACCCGUGUCAGGAUCAUAGAACUAUCGCCUGAAGACGGUAUCAAGGAAGACCUCACGUCGACCCAUCAAGAAGAGCAUUUCACCCCAGUUGGGAGGCCCAACCAUAGGAGGAAGACUGACCUGGACCACCAGCUUGUUGGUGAUGCUUGCAAGGAGGCCAUAUCGUUCCUUGUCCGCUCGGCCGAUGAAAAACUAAUCUAUCAGAAGAUGAAGGAGGUGUUCCAGUAUUACCAGGAGCUAGUUUAUAGAAGCACAGAUGACCUCAGUCUUUCCCAGGUUUCUGGACAUCAAAGGAUUGGUGAAUCAGGACUUUUUGCUGAUGUUCGACGAUGAAACAUCCUCUAAGCUCCUUGAAAAGUGGGACACUGUAUUGAAGCCUAAAGUCAUCAAACUGGCAAAAUCCCUGACUACGAACACCGAUUUGCGUCGCCUCCUGAAGUCUGCAGAAAAACUGCCAGAGAAUGAUAGCGAAACCAACUGGGACAAUGAUAUGUCCUCCCUGCUGCUGCUGCUUCAUCUCCUCCCACCACCAGCAGGAGGGAAGAGGACCAAGAUCAGUGCCAGUGAUGCUGUCGGCAGACUAGUGCACUUUCAUAAGUCAUGCUGCAGCAUUGAAGACCAUCUUGAUGGGAGCCAUGGUCGACAGCCAUACCUCCUUGCCGUCGGAAGAAGACAGAGCAAGAUUGACAACUACUACAUCGUGGCGGACAAGAGGCUUGUUCCCUGCCAGGCAACUAGUGGUCUGUGUGCAUUUGAUGAACUGUUCAAAGCCCACUUUGUCUUUAACCUGUCGUAUGAUGAUGCUCUUGUCAACUUCUACACAUUUGUGCAGACAACCAUCUACAACAUUGAUGUAGACAAAACAAGAGAGGCCCCUGGCGUGAUAGAGUUGAGGACAAAACGUAUUAACUAAAUGUAUGUUACGGUGCUUUUGUUGUCAAGCGUUGCACAGAACAGCCAGUCAUUGAUAUCUCAUUUGAGAAUUGAGCAUAGCUUCUAUCCCUCCACCAAGUUUAGAAAAGUUCUGUGCUCAAGAUAGGUGUAGACGGCAGUUUUCAACAUACUCAGGUUUCAGAAAACAUUUGAAUAGUAUUCAUAAGGAUAUUGGUCAAGUAGUUGAUGCAUUAAGCUUAGAAGGGCCCUCUCAUGUUGCUGAUUCUCCUGUCCAGUCAGAAGCUCCACAAAUGGGUGGCGACAUUGGUGUCCCACAUGAUAACACUCAAAGUGAUUGUUUUGAGAAGAAUGGACAGAGUCUUGCUAAAGAUAUGUGUGCCUCCAUCAUUGCCAAGUUGCAAGCUAGUGGUGUUGCAAAUAGUGGUGUCAACAGUAGUGUGUGAUUCAGAAGAGCUAACUACAGGGCUGCACUCCCAAAUUAAACAAGAUGUUCUGUCAGUUAAGCCUAUGGAUAACCCCUCUACAUCUGCUGUAAAGGAUUGUUUUGAGAACUUUGAAAACCCAUUUGCCAGUUUUAACACAGAAACCAAGAGAACAAAGUACUUCAACCAAAAAUGGGAUGUUGUGAAGCCAGUAGAAGUAGUGUUGGGAAUUAGAUAUGAUAGCAGGUGAAAUAAACAAACAGGCAUGUAUGAUCAAGUCCCAGUGAAAGACACUUUUGUAUAUAUUCCUAUACUGGAAACAUUGAUGUUUGUGUGUUGCAAUUCUGAAAUCUGUAAGUUAUUGGAAAAUGCACCUAGGGAUACAUCUGUGGAAGACACUUAUGAAGACUUUUGUGAUGGAAGUUACUUUAAGACUCAUCCCUUGUUCUCAAAACAUAGAAAUGCUUUACAGAUCCAAUUGUACUAUGAUGGCUUCGAAACUGCCAACCCGCUUGGAUCCAAGCGUGGUGUUCACAAGAUAGGAGCCAUUUAUUUUGUCGUCGGGAAUCUGCCAUCCAAGUUUCUGCUGUGAUGAAUAUUCAUUUAGUGUCAUUAUUUAAUUAUCAAGAUCUAAAGAAAUAUGGCUUUGAUGCCAUUCUAGAGCCCUUGGUUAAGGAUGUAAAAAAAACUGGAGAGUGAUGGUGUAAAUUUGCCUUUUUCAACUGAUAAAGUUUAUGGCACUAUCUGCCAAAUAACUGGAGACAAUUUGGGGAUACAUGCAGUCCUUCAGUGGUCAUUACUUUUGCCGGCUCUAUUUGAUAGAAAAGUAUAAUGCUCAGACAGUUUACAGUGAGGAUGACCCUAAGAUUGUCUUGCGCGGUAAAGACCAAUUUGAAAUGCAUUUGAAUCAGUUUCAAUCAGACCCGCAGCUCCCAUCUGUGUAUGGUGUAAAGAAAAAUUCUAAACUAAACAGUUUGCAGCACUUCCAUGUUUGUAGUAAUUAUUCUGUGGACAUAAUGCAUGACAUUCUUGAAGGGGUGGCUCAGUUUGAGUUAAAAUUGUUGUUUAAAUAUGUCUCAGAUAAUUUUAUUUCGAAACGUGCGAUUCUCUCUAGAAUCUACUCGUUCGACUAUGGGUACUUGGAGCGCAAAAACCGUACAACUAAAGUCAACCUAGAGAACAGUGGAAAUAGCAUAGCACUUAAUUAUAUUCAAACUCUGUGUCUUGGGAGAAACGUUCCCUUGAUUUUGGGUGAUGUUGUUCCACCAGGAAAUGAGAACUGGAAUUUGCUGCUCAUCUUACUGCAAAUAAUCAACAUUGUUUUUUCCCCUUUUCUUAGCCAGGGCAUGACUGUGUACUGAAGCAUUUGAUAAUUUAACAUCACACACUUUUCAAACAGUUGGACCCACAUAAAAACUUGAUACCCAAACAUCACUUUAUGAUACAUUACCCAGCAUGCAUAAGUAAAUAAAUAAAUAAAUAUGUCCUUUAUUACAUAUGUGGAGCAUGAGGUUUGAGGCAAAGCACAAACUCUUUAAGAACACCCUCAAAAAACGUCAAGAACAUUACUAAGUCCCUUGCCAAAAAACACCAAUUUGCUAUAGGCCAUCACUGGGAGACAUCACCAAUGUGACAUACUGAGUAUGGACCGAUUAAAGCAUUUUCCCUGAGUGAUUUUACUGGAGUUGGCAGUAUCACUUCAGGUCACUAUGCAGAAAGCUAUUUACUCUAACAUCUGGGUUACGAUGGAUGGCACGGAGUACAGAGAGGGACUGUUAGUUUGCAGUAAGAUGGAGCAUGAAAUGCCAGUCUUUUGUAAAAUAACUAAGAUCAUUGUGGUUGACAAUAUUGUAUACCUAUUGCUGGACAAGUUGCAUACUGAUGAUUUCAGUGAACAUUACCAUGCAUCCACUGUGUUUGAUGGUGUUGAUGACAAAGUUGUUGUCAAAGUUGAUGAUCUGAAAUUGUAUAAGCCUUUUGUCCUUCAAAGUGCUUAUGGUGCUGAUAAGAGCCUUUAUGUUGUUCCUUUGUUUGACAUGAUUGAGUAAUAGUCAGAUUAUUGGCAACUUUGUCAAGAAAAUUAGGUGGACUUCCACUUGUGUUAAAUAGCAACUCUGCAAAUACUAUUGUUCUCAUAUAGUACAUGUACUGAUGCUCCUGUGAUGCAUUGAUUUCAUUCUGAUGCACCUGUGAUGCACUGAUUUCAUUCUGAUGCUCCUGUGAUGCACUGAUUUCAUUCUGAUGCUCCUGUGAUGCACUGAUUUCAUUCUGAUGCACCUGUGAUGCACUGUUUUCAUUCUGAUGCGCCUGUGAUGCACUGAUUUCAUUCUGAUGCUCCUGUGAUGCAUUGAUUUCAUUCUGAUGCACCUGUGAUGCAUUGAUUUCAUUCUGAUGCACCUGUGAUGCACUGAUUUCAUUCUGAUGCUCCUGUGAUGCACUGAUUUCAUUCUGAUGCUCCUGUGAUGCACUGAUUUCAUUAUGAUGCUCCGGUGAUGCACUGAUUUCAUUCUGAUGCACCUGUGAUGCACUGUUUUCACUGUGAUGCGCCUGUGAUGCACCUUUUUUCAUUUUAAUAUGCCUGUGAUGCAUUGUUUUCACUUUGGCCUAAAUAAAUGAAACAAAGCAGA